AUGACAAAGAGGAGAAAUCAGGAAAUAUUAUCAGUGGCAAAAAAAAGUAAAGUGGAAAAUCAGGAUGAGGGCUCUUCUGACAACCUGUGUCCAGAAAACCUGCAGAAAAACGGAGACUCAAAUAGUGUCAUUAAGGAUAGAUUGUGUCAAGCUGUACGACACAGUGCCAAACAAUUCCUUGAUCCAGUACGGAAAUUUAAUGGACAACCAGUGCCUUUUCAGCAGCCAAAGAUUUUUACUGGAGGUGUAAUGCGGUGGUACCAAGUGGAAGGCAUGGAAUGGCUGAGGAUGCUUUGGGAAAAUGGUAUCAAUGGCAUUUUAGCUGAUGAAAUGGGGUUGGGGAAAACUAUCCAGUGUAUUGCAACAAUAGCUCUGAUGGUGGAGCGAGGAGUCCCUGGUCCAUUCUUAGUAUGUGGUCCCUUGUCUACUCUUCCAAACUGGAUGUCUGAAUUCAAGAGAUUUACUCCAGAGAUUCCACUAUUGCUCUAUCAUGGAGCNCAGCAGGAACGGCGUAAACUGGUUCGCAAAAUUCACGGACGACAAGGAUCACUGCAGAUCCAUCCCGUGGUCAUUACUUCCUUUGAAAUAGCAAUGCGAGACAGAAAUGCCUUGCAGCAGUGCUUCUGGAAAUACCUGAUAGUAGAUGAAGGUCACAGGAUUAAAAAUAUGAACUGCCGCCUUAUCAGAGAAUUGAAACAAUUUAAUGCGGACAAUAAACUCCUGUUGACUGGUACUCCCCUACAAAACAACUUGGCAGAGCUUUGGUCAUUGCUUAACUUCCUGCUGCCAGAUGUGUUUGAUGAUCUGAAAAGCUUUGAAUCCUGGUUUGAUAUUACCAGCAUUACAGAGACCGCUGAAGAUAUUAUUGCUAAAGAAAGGGAGCAAAAUAUUCUGCAUAUGCUACAUCAGAUUCUGACACCUUUCUUACUGAGAAGGCUGAAAUCCGACGUUGCUCUUGAGGUUCCUCCUAAACGAGAAGUUGUGGUGUAUGCGCCGCUGGCAAAGAAGCAGGAAACUUUCUACACUGCCAUUGUGAAUCGCACCAUUAGGAAACUGCUUGGAAAUAAUGAGGAAGAAGUAGUUGAGUUGAGUCCUACAGGCCGACCAAAACGUCGUAGUCGAAAAGUGGUUGAUUAUUGCAAAGAACAUAAUGGUUCACCUGAUGACUUGGAAAAAAUGAUCAACAAAAUGCAAGAGGAAGUAGAAAAAGAGAGGCCGGUGGUAGAAGUGAGCAUUCCUGUGGAUUCAGAGGUGAACCUUAAACUGCAAAAUGUUAUGAUGUUACUGAGGAAAUGUUGCAAUCACCCCUAUCUUAUUGAAUACCCAUUGGACCCUGCAACACAAGAAUUCAAGAUUGAUGAAGAUCUAGUAAAGAACUCAGGCAAGUUUCUACUCCUGGACCGAAUGCUUCCAGAACUGAAAAAAAGAGGACAUAAGGUCUUGUUGUUCUCACAAAUGACUAUGAUGCUUGACAUUUUGAUGGAUUACUGCUAUCUGAGAGACUUCAAAUUUAGUCGAUUGGAUGGUACUAUGUCCUACUCAGAGAGAGAAGAUAAUAUGCAUAAAUUUAAUACUGACCCUGAAGUCUUCAUGUUCUUAGUGAGUACAAGAGCUGGAGGUUUGGGCAUUAACUUAACUGCAGCAGACACAGUUAUCAUAUACGACAGUGACUGGAACCCCCAGUCGGACCUGCAGGCUCAGGACAGGUGUCACAGAAUUGGCCAGACAAAGCCAGUGGUUGUUUAUCGUCUUGUGACAGCAAAUACUAUUGACCAGAAGAUUGUGGAGAGGGCCGCUGCCAAGAGGAAGUUGGAGAAGCUGAUUAUCCACAAAAAUCAGUUUAAAGGUGGCAAAUCUGGUCUAGCACAGUCAAAGAGCUGCCUGGACCCUCAGGAAUUAAUAGAAUUGCUGAAAUCUAGAGACUAUGAGAGGGAGGUUAAAGGAUCUAAAGAAAAAGUAAUCAGUGAUAAAGAUCUAGAGUUACUCUUGGAUAGAAGUGAUCUUAUUGCUCAAAUGAAGACCUCUGAAAAAAUGAAAAAGGAGAAAAUUGGUGUCUUCAGGAUCCUAGAAGAUUCAUCAGACCCCAGUGCAGAAUGUGUGUUUUAA